AUGCCAGAACCCUUAAAGAUCGCAAUGUUAGAUCCAUUAUUAAAGAAGGUCAAUGCUGACUCAAACCUUAGACCAGUUUCGAAUCUUAAAUUCUUGUCAAAGCUCGUCGAGAGGGCUGUGUUUGUUCAACUCAAUGAAUAUCUUGUCGAAAAUGAAUUACACGAAGUCUUUCAGUCAGCCUACAAGUCAUUUCAUAGCACUGAGACAUCUCUAUUAAGGGUGCAAAAUGAUAUUUUGCAGUCUUUGGACAAAAAGCAAUCGGUCAUCCUCGUUCUUCUUGAUUUGUCUGCCGCAUUCGACACCAUUGGGCACAAGAUUUUAUUAUCUAGAUUGGCUGAACGAUUGGGAAUCAGUGGAAAUGUUCUUGCAUGGUUUAAAUCGUACUUGUCAUCUCGUAGUCAGUUUGUCAAUAUCAAUGGCACUUCUUUAUACUGCCCCUGUGGCUGA